ACAAUUGUUUGUACAAUUUAUCGAAGGCAAAGAAGAAAAAACCUAUCUGAAGGAAAUAAAGAGGCCCUUGGACAAUGCGCCAGAGAUACACCGUUUCACACGGAUACAGUUUAUGCACAUUUCGACACCGUGUAUGUGGGAAACGUGAGUUCGGAGCAGCAGUACUUAUUCAUCUAUAGCUACAACGAAACAAAUGAGACAACAGCCAUACGCGUUUCUUCUUCCAGCAAAGAGGCUCAAGUCACUUUCCCUAUUACAUUUGUGGUUCGUCGGCAACAGGGAAUUAUGUCUUGGCAGGUUCCUCUAUACAUUGACUUUGUUUAUGAGUUCAAGUCUAUGGACCGUACUCUUUGUCCCAUGGAUAAGACCAGAAGGCUGAACAUGACAUCGCAUCAGAAUAUCUUUUUGGAAGUGGCGACCAUGUCUAACACCAUAGUCAACUUCAACUUGACUGCCACCAUCUUGUCUGACUUCGAGUUUGAACCUGGUGUGACAAAAAACGUGACAGCAUCGCCUACAGAACCCCAGUAUUACAUGUACACCUUUCCUGAGGAUGUUGAAGUAGUCUUGUUGAAUGUGGCAUCAGAUAGUGAGCUCUGUGCAGUUAUCUCAGUACAACAAAUAAAGUGUCCUGUGUUGGAUCUUGACGAAGAUAUUGGAAAGUUGGGAAAACAAUACACUAUGACUACUCAGGCUGCGAUGUCAGUGUGGAAAAGCGACUAUUAUGGACAUAACGCCUUCUAUGUCGUUGUCCUGGUCAAGCCCAAUGUUGCAGACUGCUCUUUGCUUGAUGUCAACCCUCCUGCUCAUCAUCUUAGUGUAGCAACUAAGAAUCUGUCUAUAUCAAUCACAGAAAGAUCAAAAAACGUCGCAGCAAUAGUCUUCCCUUUUGCUCUAUUCUUCAGUUGUGAUGUAGUAUUUGGGAUUUUUUUCUGCAUUUUCUGCAUGAAUUUUAAAUGUCGGACUCCCAGCAACAUCCCAGCAGAAUUGACGGACACGUCUAUAAACCAACUCAUGAGCUCACAACUUACAAAUUAUCAAACCAUGAGUACUUCCCAGUUGGGUAGUGGCCAGCCCUCAAGCUCACCUGGGAUGGAUCCCCAAGCUAGCAACACGAGAAAUAUUGAGGACAUUGAUGGUGAAGGUGACUCAUCAGAUGUUGCCCACUUACAUGUGGAUGAACGUGAAGCAGAUGUCACAAGGAACCAGACAGUGGAGGCUCCAUUAGACAUGUUUGUUAGUAAGAAAAGUGACAACGAAGCUCCCAGAGUCUAUCUUUGGAUCCUUGGGACUAUUGCCCUUUUUUAUGGUCUACCUGCGGUACAGCUGGUCCUGACAUAUUCAAAGAAAAUGAAUGACACCGGCGAUGAAGAUCUGUGCUAUUACAACUUUGAAUGUGCUUAUCCAAUGCGUUGGGGAGAAUAUGAAAUCGUUUCUUUCAACAGCAUCAUCAGCAACAUAGGUUAUAUUUUCCUUGGUAUUCUCUUCCUCAUUUUAGUGUUUUUGAGAAAUUUCCAGCAUAUUAGGCAUGUAUUAGAGAAUCCAACAUGUCAGAAUCACAAUGGAAUGCGAGAACAUUUUGGGUUGCUGUAUGCCAUGGGAUUCGCUCUCAUAGUGGAGGGUGUUAUGAGUGCUUGCUACCAUCUCUGCCCCACCUCCUCUAAUUACCAGUUUGACACCUCUUUCAUGUAUGCUAUUACCUCCUUGUGCAUUCUGAAGAUUUACGAGAUUCGCCACCCAGACGCUCAUCUUAAAGCACACAGACAUUACUUCUGUAUGGGUGUAUACACCUGUAUUGCUGUUCUGGGAAUGAUUUCUGGCAAACACAAGACUGUUUGGAUCGUUUUUUCAAUUCUGUACAUAAUUUGUGUUGGUGUGAUCGGAUACAUGGUUUAUAAAGGAAUAAUCAUCGAAGAUGAAUCUGUCCACACAGGCGAUCAACAUCAAAACUGCUGUAAUUCCUGUAAUUGCUAUCCUUGUACCUGUCCUACGAAGUGCAUACAUAAGUUUUGGCUUGUGCUUAUGGGUGUUUCCAACGUGAUGCUUGCAGUGGUUGGUGCCAUAAUCCGAAAACCGGACUUUGCGACCUAUUUACUAAUCAUCUUACUUGUGAACCUUUUGCUCUAUUUUCUGCUGCAUAUCAUUCUGAAGCGCUGUGAUGGAGGGAUCGACAUACGCUCCUGGUUUCCUAGAUUGAUCAGCAAAUGCACCAUUUUCAUAUUGGCUGCUAUUAUCUUGUGGGGUUUGGCUAUCUCCUAUUUUGUUAUCAAACAGUAUUCAUGGGAGCUGUCACCAGAAGAGUCCCGGAAGGAAAAUAAGCCAUGUGUGUUGCUUGAUUUCUAUGAUUAUCAUGAUGUCUGGCAUUUCCUGUCUGCUGGUGCUAUCUUCUUUUCAUUCAUGGUUUUGCUGACUUUAGAUGGUGACUUGGACAAUAGGCCUGGAAACACAAUGUUUAUUUUCUGAGAGUGAUUCGUGUCCGACUGAAUGUCUGAAUAUACAACACCUGGCAAGCCUUUAGCCGUCGACUUUUAUAAAAUUCACUCUCCAUUUCUCGGAUAUUCUUUGAUUAAUGAGACGAUUUGGAUGUAGUCUCAGGUCGCCGCCACUGUACAGGGCUGGAAGUACAUCAUUCGAACCAACAUCAGGCAAUUGAAUUCUGAGAUCAAAGAUAUGAACUUUAGCCCAACACUGUUUUUCAAUUUUAUUUACUUAAGUUCUUAAUCCCUGUUCUUAUUUUUUUCUCUGCAAUGUGAGAACUACGCUACAUACUUCAUUAUAAUAAUCAUCACUACCACCACUAUCAUCAUAACCUUAACCCAGUAUCAGUUCUCUCAUCAGUUCUUUCUUCUAAACUAACUUCCACCAUCUUAACGGUCAGUGUAAUCCAAGAUUUAGAGUAAUCUAUUGAAGUUAUUGUGUACUCAUGUGUCCUUUAUUUACCAGUAUUCUUUGUCCAUAUAUUAAGUAUACCUGCUUAAUCUACAAUAUACAUAUACACACAGAGACGUCUGAUGUAAAUUAAAAUCUAUGUCAUACACCUAAUUAUCACCACUAACAUCACAGUCGUUCUGGCAGUUAACAAAACAGGCAAUACGCACACCUGUCUCGUGCAAACAUUCAUGCAAUGAUCACAAGUAUAUAUCAUCUCAGAAAACCUGACCUCCACAAUACAUAGAUACACUCGAUGAACCACAUUGUAAUCCUUUGUGGUGUGCUGCUUGUACUUUAUUUGAAUAAAAUAACAGUCUUUCUUGUUAAUUAUUGUUUAGUGUCACUGGGGCAACUGGUAUACAUGUUUGCACAAGAAAACAAGUUAAAUACAUCAUUGCUGUGUGAAUAGUUUUAAAUGUCGUUUGGAUGGCAUCUGAAUAUCAUUCAUGUGGGUAUACAAAUAUCUGCAUUUACAUAAUGUGCCUACGUGCAUGUGCAUGGGAUUGCGCGUGUUUUGAUUUUAUGGCAUGUCAAACCUAUUUUUCUAGUGAUAAUCUCCAUAACCGAUAAGAACUAUUUUUUUAAUAAAAAAACUAUUAUAUGAAUUCAA